UUCGUUUUGAAGCAAAAUAUUUUCAAUUAUUUUCUCUCAAUUGCAAGGAAAUACACGAGCUUUUCUAGCGAAAUAUGUCGCACGACGUGACCGUAAACUUCAACGGCAAAUCAUUUAACCUUCGUUUUCAACCAUCCUGGACAAUCGCUCAACUAAAACACGAAAUUGCUCGCAAGAGAAAUGUCAAAACUGCUGGAAUUAAAAUCAUUUUUGCCGGUCGAGAAUUACCCGAUGAAUUAACACUCGGGAAUGCAGAGAUGAACCACAGCGUCAUUCAUGCUGUUCAGAAAUCUGGUCAGAUCUCAGUUGAUGCAACUUACAAUGCGAAUGAUGGUUUGACGAAAGUGAAACUGACACAGGAUGACGAAGAUGAAGAUGGUGAAUCUCAACAAUCAGGCAAGCAAAGUUUCUUCUUUGUUUAUUGUAAAACUUGCAAGAAACUAACACGAGGAAAAUUGCGAUGUCGAUGUUCAAAUUGCAAGGAAGGAAGCUUUGUUCUAUCACAGGGUCCAAAUGGUUGGGAUGAUGUAUUGAUCAAAGGCCGCAUGCAAGGACAAUGUGAAUCCAAUACAAACUGUCAGGGAAAAACAGCUGAAUUUUAUUUGAAAUGUGGGGAACAUCAUGGUAGAGAUGAACAAGCGCCAUUAUCAAUGUUGAAAUCUAACAUCAGAAAUAUUCCCUGCAUCACAUGCUCUGAAACAUUAUAAUGCGGUUGAAUGUUUUAAACUUGGUCAGCUUUGCAGCUCAAAUGGUAGAAAUUCAAUCCGUGAAUUUGACAGUCAGGGUUGUGUUGAUUUCGGAACACCAAGGUAAGACCAGAUGUAAGCUUGUAACAACACAGCGAAUCGAUAAUAUUCUUAUAAUCUUACAAAACAAUUAAAUUAACGUGAAUUUAUCAUUAUACAGAGGUUCUCGUACACACAAUGGUGUCGACAUAGUUUGCAAACUAGGGAGUUCUGUCAUGACACCAUUUGCUGCGAAGAUCUGACGAAAAUCACGUUCUUAUUCAAACAACAACAAACCAUAUAACAAUGGAUUUUAUAUUCAAGGAAGCGGAGAAGCCGAAGAUAUAAAAUGGAUAUUUCAGGUGGUCUUGGAAGAUCUGCUGGAAAGAUAUGGCGACUGGCGUGUUGGUCUGAUGGGGUUGAACAGUACAAAAGAUAAUGUAAAUCUUGUACUAAAAGCCUUCAAGGAUGCGAUGGAAAACGUGAAAUUACAAAACAAUCUGUGAGCAAACU